GGGAUUCCGCUUGUUGUCAGAAAGCUCCGGCGUUCCGGCCAGCCAUCGGGGCAGAUUUCUAGGGUUCGGGUUGGCCUGAGGCCUGCUGCUGCAGCCAUGGCGGCCUCCACUGCAGCCGGGAAACAGAGGAUUCCCAAAGUGGCCAAGGUGAAAAACAAAGCCCCAGCUGAGGUACAGAUAACUGCUGAGCAACUUUUACGAGAAGCUAAAGAGAGAGAACUUGAGCUGCUUCCACCUCCACCUCAACAGAAGAUCACAGAUGAAGAAGAGUUAAAUGAUUACAAACUAAGGAAAAGGAAGACUUUUGAAGAUAACAUAAGAAAAAACAGGACUGUGAUUAGUAACUGGAUAAAAUACGCACAAUGGGAGGAGAGUCUAAAGGAGAUUCAAAGGGCUCGAUCCAUAUACGAACGUGCUUUAGAUGUAGACUACCGAAAUAUUACACUCUGGCUGAAAUAUGCAGAAAUGGAAAUGAAGAAUCGCCAGGUCAACCAUGCCCGAAAUAUCUGGGACCGGGCCAUAACAACUCUGCCUCGAGUCAACCAAUUCUGGUACAAGUACACGUACAUGGAGGAGAUGUUGGGAAACAUUGCUGGCGCCCGGCAGGUGUUUGAGCGCUGGAUGGAGUGGCAGCCCGAGGAGCAGGCCUGGCACUCCUACAUCAACUUUGAGCUGCGAUACAAAGAGGUGGAUCGGGCCCGCACCAUUUACGAGCGAUUUGUUCUCGUGCACCCCGAUGUUAAGAAUUGGAUCAAGUAUGCCCGCUUUGAAGAAAAGCAUGGUUAUUUUGCCCACGCACGGAAAGUGUAUGAGAGAGCCGUCGAGUUCUUUGGAGACGAACAUAUGGAUGAGCACCUUUAUGUUGCCUUUGCCAAAUUUGAAGAAAAUCAGAAAGAAUUUGAACGGGUGCGAGUCAUCUACAAGUAUGCCCUGGAUAGGAUUUCAAAGCAGGAGGCCCAAGAACUCUUUAAAAACUAUACCAUCUUCGAGAAGAAAUUUGGUGAUAGGCGGGGUAUUGAAGACAUCAUUGUGAGCAAACGAAGAUUCCAGUAUGAGGAGGAGGUGAAGGCUAAUCCACACAAUUACGAUGCGUGGUUUGACUACUUGCGCUUGGUGGAAAGCGAUGCCGAAGCGGAAACUGUUCGAGAAGUGUAUGAAAGAGCCAUUGCCAACGUGCCACCCAUUCAAGAGAAGCGGCACUGGAAGCGCUACAUCUAUCUGUGGGUCAACUAUGCGCUCUAUGAGGAGCUGGAGGCAAAGGAUCCUGAGAGGACAAGACAGGUGUAUCAAGCUUCUUUGGAAUUAAUUCCUCAUAAAAAGUUCACAUUUGCCAAGAUGUGGUUACUAUAUGCACAAUUUGAAAUAAGACAGAAAAAUUUACCAUUUGCCAGAAGAGCUUUGGGAACUUCCAUAGGCAAAUGCCCAAAGAACAAGUUAUUUAAAGGUUACAUAGAAUUGGAGUUGCAGCUUCGAGAAUUUGACAGAUGCCGGAAACUUUAUGAGAAGUUCUUGGAAUUUGGACCUGAAAAUUGUACCUCUUGGAUUAAAUUUGCAGAGUUAGAGACAAUCCUUGGUGACAUAGAGCGAGCCCGGGCAAUCUAUGAGUUAGCCAUCAGUCAGCCACGAUUAGACAUGCCCGAGGUGCUUUGGAAGUCAUAUAUUGAUUUUGAAAUUGAGCAGGAAGAAACUGAGAGAACACGAAAUCUUUACCGACGAUUGCUUCAGCGAACACAGCACGUCAAGGUAUGGAUCAGCUUUGCACAAUUUGAGCUGUCUUCAGGGAAAGAAGGAAGUUUGGCUAAAUGCAGACAAAUUUAUGAAGAGGCUAACAAAACCAUGAGAAACUGCGAAGAAAAGGAAGAGAGACUUAUGUUGCUGGAAUCGUGGCGAAGCUUUGAAGAUGAAUUUGGAACAGUGUCAGAUAAGGAGAGAGUAGACAAACUCAUGCCAGAGAAAGUCAAGAAGAGAAGAAAGGUCCAGGCGGAUGAUGGGUCUGAUGCGGGCUGGGAAGAGUACUAUGAUUACAUCUUUCCCGAAGAUGCUGCCAACCAACCCAACCUCAAGCUCCUGGCCAUGGCCAAACUCUGGAAGAAACAGCAACAGGAAAAGGAGGCUGCCGAGCAAGACCCAGAUAAGGACAUUGAUGAGAGUGAAUCCUAAUGUUCUUGUUCAUAUUGAGAAGUGUGUUGUUAUUUUUAUAAAUUAAUAGUUUGGAACUCUUGUGACUCCUCUAAGUUUUUAUAUAUUCCACUAGUAAUGAAUUGAUUGGAAUCUUUGAUAGCAACUUUUUGAAUAAUUGUUAAAAUGCUCUUGACUUGAGGGGUGGGGGGUUGCAAGUAAUUUUUGUAACUGCUGGGUUUAUCAGUCCAAACAUUUUUUGUCCACAUCAUGCAUUAGGAAAUCUAAUUGAGGUAAUGCUUAGCAUCUCUUUUAGGUGGACCUGCAGACUUUUAGAAGUCUUUCUAGUUUCAAGUUAUGUUCUACAGUAACUUGUAAGGUGUAGUUUUUUCAUGCUUAUCUUCUUCAUUGAGAUAGUUCAUGCACUCAUCUGAAACCUGUAACUUUUUUUCCUGUCUUCGGAGUUACAGACUUGACUUCCAUUCCCAGCUCUGCCACUUAGUGAUAAAUAACUUAACCUUUACUUUUAGUUUCUUCACUCAUCAAGUGAGCUUCUGCCAACUCGUUUUGAAGAUUGAAUUAGAAAAGGAAUAGACCUGGUACAUAGGAAGUGCUCCGCUAAGUAUUCAUUCCCGGCCACUUUCCUAAAUCUCUUCUGUCCUUGAAUGUGCUUGAAUUUAACAUCUCAACACCCUUAGCUUCUUAACAGUGGCCAUUUAUGCUACCUGCUUUUGAAAACACUCAUUGGGAAAUAAUUUAUAGUUAGUGUAUUUCUGAACAAGAUCUUUUUACCAGAACUUUUUAGUCAGAUUUCAGUUACACUGUAAUGUUUUCCCAAACUGGUUGAGCUCUGUAAUGGCUUAAAGAACAGUACAACAUGUGCUGUGAAAAAAUGUCCCCUGCUCCAGAAAGUUUGGGAGACCCUAGUUUAAAAGUUUUCUUAAUCUUUUUGUAGCUCAGCUCCUCAGAGCUUCAUAUAUACUACCACCCUUAUGCAUCCAUCCCCAGUAGCGAUGCUGGCAUGUUCCCCGCCUUCCUGGACGAGGGAAGGACGUCUACCUAGAAUACCACAAGCAUUUUCUAGUGUGCUAUUACAGAAAUUAGCUACUGUAAAACCUGAUGCAUGUUAUUUACCCUGGUUUAGAACAAGUGAGAAACACUGUAGAUAGCCAACUAUAUUUCUAAAAAAGAAAAAGCACAGAUAGUAACAUACUUGCUGACACAUUGCUUAUAUCCUCAAGCAAAAAAAUAUGUGCCUUAAUUAACUGAUCGUAUUAUUUUCUUUAAUCUGGCCUGAUUUCUCAAGCCUACUUUUUUGUUUUGUUCACUGCCUAUAAGCUAUUUGACUAGAAUUGUAUCUACAGGAGUGUUCUGUCACCAGUAAAUGCAACUGGCAUUUAUUACUUGCUUGAUUUAAUUGGGUAAACUUACUAAUUUGCAAAAAAUGUUACUCAAAGGAAUAAAAAAAGCUAGUCUGUA